AUGUUUAACGAGUGCGCCAGCUGGCCCGACCACUCGCAGUGCAGACGACAAAGGAGGCUGGUGGCAGGUUGCGGGCCCCACGUGGGGCCCCCGCCGCUGUUGACACGCCGCGGCGCCCAGCAGGUGCGACGCCCACGGCGGAGGCCGGCGUCUCCAGUGUCACGGCCCAGCGGGAGGCCACGUGCUGGUGCUGGCGUUCCGGCGGCAGCGGCAGCGGCCCGGCCCGCGCCGGCCACAGCCACGCAGACGCGCCGCCGCGCUCCCACACAGGCUCGCCCCCUGCGGCCGCGCGGCGCGCCAGGCUCGCGCCGCGUCGCGCCGCCGCUGCUGCCUGUGAGCGCCGCCAAGGCCGCUCCCGCGGGCGCCCGCCUGCUGCGUGGGCGUCGCCGCGUCUCGCCACCGGCGGCGGCGGCAGCGGGGCGCGCGCUAAGUACGAGCGGCCGCCACACCUGUCAUCCUGGUCGCCGAAGAAACUACAGCUCAGCUGUUUACACCGUACGAGAAACUACUCACCCGGCAGAGACAUCAAGCUAA